CGUGGAAACUACACGAAUUUGGCUGCAUCAUCUGAGACACAGAAAAGUUAAAAGGAUUGAAAUUCACUCAAAAUCAACUCGAUUUUAUUGUAUUUAUAUUGAAUUUACUGUUGUUCAGUGCAUUCCAUAAAUUAUUAAAAUGAGUUUCAGAUUGCCUCCUUUGAAGGCCAAAGCUCCUGUUGCUGAGGAAUUUGGUAUGAGCAGUGGUACAUAUGGGGUACCAGACCCUAUGAUUUUGGGAUUGCCGGCAGCAGCCCAUAAACUUGGCACUUCUCACCCUCUCGAGACGUCCGAACGUGACUUUCAUCUGAAUAAACUGAAACGUGAUAUGAUAAUGCUAAGAAAUGUCCAGGGGCUUCAUGCACCAUUGCGCAUCGCGAUGGAACUAAAAGCGACAGAGAAAAUUGGAAGACACCCAUUUUUACCUUCGUCGGGGCUGAUGAGAGAUGUUCUGCUGGGUCGUGAUGAAGAUAUAGGAUUCGAGGAUAUCCUGAAUACUCCAGAAUUCAAAGAACAAAUGGGUCAACCCCACGCAGUCGUCGAGCGAAGUCUCAACUUAUUGUAAAGUGUUCUUCAUAAUCUUAAGUCCAUUUUCGAUAAUAAUUUCAAGGAAACCUAAUUUGAUGAAUCGUCAAUAAAAUGCUUCUCAUCUUUA